CCGGCGCCGCCGCAGGAGCGCCGCGAGCCGCGCGAAAGGAGCUGGCGCCGCCCGGCCGGGUCCCCGUCGGCCCUCGCUCGCGCGCGGCCAUGGACUGAGCGCCAGCCGGCUGCGGGGAUGGGGCCGCCGCUCCCGCUGCUGCUGCUGCUGCUGCUGCUGCUGCUGCUGCCGCCGCCGCUGCCUCGCGCCCUGCCCGCCCCCGCGGCCGCCCGCGGCCCGCAGCUCCCGGGGCGCCUGGGUUGCUUAUUUGAGGAUGGCCUGUGUGGACCAGCAGAGGCCUGCGUGAACGAUGGCAUGUUCGGGAGAUGCCAGAAGGGUCCGGCGAUGGACGCACGCCGAUAUGACAUGUCACCCGGAGCCCUGCUGCACCUCAGGCUCACCUUACAGAAGCUGUCGCAAGCAGGUUUCACGUGGCAGGACGACUAUACCCAGCGCGUGAUGGCCCAGGAACUCGCCGACCUCCCCAGGGCUUCCCCAUGGCUCGGGGAAGCUUCCGGCCCAGCCAGGACCUUACAACAGAGUGCUGGUAAUGACAAGUGGUUCAGCCUGGAGAGUGAGGUGGCCCUGGCCAAGACCCUUCGGCGCUAUCUGUCCUAUCUGGAGCUUCUGUCCCAGGUCCCAGCAGCGAAUGCACAUCCCAGGACGGAACAUGAGACCCACCCAGCGAAGGGUGAGGACUCUUUCCCCGAGAACAUCCUGACUUACGCAGCCCACACGUCUGCACUGACCUACCCUCCUGCAACCCGGGUCAAGUAUCCUGACACCCUUCUGCGACCCCCCGGCCGCCUCCAGCCCGAUGAGCUCAGCCCCAAGGUGGAUAGUGAGCUGGAAAAGCAGCAGCUGAUCGCAGCUCUUGGUGCCUACGCUGCUCAGAGGCCUCCUGCAGAGAAUGGCCCGGGGCCACAGUACCUUCUCCAUAGUCCCUCCAGAGCAUUGAGGCCCUUCUCAGCCCCUGCUGCAGCGCAGAGGUGGCCCUUGCCUCCUGCAGACUCCAGGGAGUCCCUGAGCAGGGGAGACGACACGUUCCUGCGGAGUCUCCCGAAGGAUCUGCAGCAGCAGGCUGAGGUGGAGCGCCUGGGCCCGCUGAGGUUGGAGGAGACCACAGACUCGGCAGACUCGGUUGCUGGGGCCCUACAAGAUCACAGACUAUCGGAAGUGGAUGGCCCAGUGUACAAGGAGGUCAGCCGUCUGAGUGUCCAACUUGGGGACCUCCUGAAGGACCGGGGCUCUCCUCUAUCGCCCGACCCUCCCCCUCUGGAAAAGCCCUCCAGAGCAGAGGUGAAGAAGUCAGGGCAGCCCGAGGAGGCCUUGUCUUCAGAAGAGGAGACUGCUGGGGUGGAGCAUGUGAGGAGCCGGACUUACUCCAAAGACCUGCUGGAGAGGAAGCCAGACUCGGAGCCCCAGCCGUGGCGGCUUGAGGACCAGUUCCAACCCCGAGCUCCAGAGAUGUGGGAGGAUGAGCAGCACCGCAAGUCUGCAGCACAGGGCCCCCCUGGUGGGGGUCUGCAGCUACAAGCCCAGCCUUCUGAGGAGGAGCAGCAAGGAUAUAUCCUCACAGGAAGCAACCCCCUGAGUCCAGAGAAGGGGAAGCAGCUGAUGGAUGAAGUUGCACGCAUUCUCCAGGUGCCUUCCAGCCUCUUCUCAGAUGUCAAAGUUUUGGGACCAGCAGUGACCUUCAAAGUGAAUGCCAAUAGCCAAAACAUGAGAACUGCAGAUGCCACCAAGGCUGCAGUUGACAAUAAAGACCAGCUGGAGAAGACAUCUGGACUGACGAUCCUCCAAAGUGGAAUCAGGCCGAAAGGGAAGCUCAAGCUCCUGCCACCCCAGGAAGAGCAAGAGGACUCCACCAAGUUCAUUGUGCUCACCUUCCUCUCCAUCGCCUGCAUCCUGGGGGUGCUCCUGGCUUCCAGCCUUGCCUACUGUCUCCGUCACAACUCGCACUAUAAGCUGAAGGAUAAGUUGUCUGGACUAGGAGGUGACCCCAGCGCAGAUGCCACUGAAGCCUACCAGGAGCUGUGCCGCCAGCGAAUGGCUGCUCGGCCCCAGGAUCGCUCCGAGGGACCACAUACAUCCCGAAUCAACAGCGUCUCAUCCCAGCUCAGCGAUGGGCCCAUGCCUAGUCCCUCGGCUCGGAGCAGCACUUCAUCCUGGUCUGAGGAGCCUGUCCAGUCUAACAUGGACAUCUCGACUGGUCACAUGAUCCUGGCCUACAUGGAAGACCACCUGAAGAACAAGAACCGGCUGGAGAAGGAGUGGGAGGCGCUGUGUGCCUACCAAGCCGAGCCCAACAGCUCCCUUGUGGCCCAGAGAGAGGAGAACGCAGCCAAGAACCGCUCCCUGGCCGUGCUGACCUAUGACCACUCUAGGAUCCUGCUGAAGUCUGAGAAUAGCCACAGCAGUUCAGACUACAUCAACGCCAGCCCCAUCAUGGACCAUGACCCUCGGAAGCCUGCGUACAUCGCCACCCAGGGCCCACUGCCCACCACCGUGGCCGACUUCUGGCAGAUGGUCUGGGAGAGCGGCUGUGCGGUCAUCGUCAUGCUGACACCCCUGUCUGAGAACGGCGUGCGGCAGUGCCACCCCUACUGGCCUGACGAAGGCUCCAGCCUCCACCAUGUCUACGAGGUCAACCUAGUCUCUGAGCACAUAUGGUGCCAGGAUUUCCUGGUGAGAAGCUUUUACCUGAAGAACCUGCAAAGCAACGAGACUCGCACGGUGACCCAGUUCCACUUCCUGAGUUGGUAUGACCAGGGAGUCCCUUCCUCCACGCGGUCACUCCUGGAUUUCCGAAGGAAAGUUAACAAGUGCUACCGAGGCCGCUCGUGCCCGAUAAUCGUUCACUGCAGUGAUGGCGCGGGCAGGAGCGGAACCUACGUCCUGAUUGACAUGGUUCUCAACAAGAUGGCCAAAGGUGCUAAAGAGAUUGAUAUCGCGGCGACCCUGGAGCACUUGAGGGACCAGAGACCAGGCAUGGUCCAGACAAAGGAGCAGUUUGAGUUUGCGCUGACAGCUGUGGCCGAGGAGGUGAAUGCCAUCCUGAAGGCCCUUCCGCAGUAGGCCCCGACGCUGGAGGCUGGCGCGACCACAACGGGAUGCCAUCUCUGCGCCUUCUGUGUAGCGACGGGCCCUUCAGGCCCACAGCCAGGGCGGGGCUAGUUGUGUGUACUUUCACUUCACCAAAUCCCAGAUGUGUGGAAACAGCAGUUCAGAGGGGAGGAAAGUCUUGGCUCAUUUGUAUCACAGUCUUAACAAAACUUCCUUUUCCCUAAAGCACACUCUGACAUUGUCACAUCAAUGACACAGUAAUUAGACGCCCACUGUGGCCCCCUUGGAAGUGCUUCUGUAUGUAAUUGCUGGAGAUAGGGUAGAGGGACAGCCAGCCAGCAAGAGAGCAGCCUCUGGGAAAGACCAGGCCCUGAACCCCUGGGGCCAAUGACAAGGGUGGCGCCGCCACCCAUCCCUACUGACCCAUGCCCAGCACAACAGCUCACCCUCUGCACAUGUAGAUCCAAGGCAAGGAAAGGGGCUUCCUAAGGCAGACACCAUAACCCUCCUGGUGUGUGCCGCCCUGUCUGCCCCAGAAGCAAGGACCCGGGUGACGGCCUCGCCUCUGCAGAUCAUAGAGGAGCCCAUCCUGAAAUGCUCCUGUAACAGUGUGGGUCUGUUCUCUGCGUGUGACACCAGGCACCAUGGCACGCUUUCCUCAAAGUGACAAAACCAGGAUGAGUGUGGUACCUAGCGAGUUCCGAGGAUCCCCGGGAGCAGCCCGAUGGGGCUGGCAUCAGAAAGUCUCUGAUGCGCCUGCCCCUGGAAGGAAGGCUGGCACGCCCCUUCGGCCCCUCCCAGGAGCCUCCUGGCUCGUCAAACCCGUGAAACCUGUGCUCACUGAAUAAUCCAGUUUGCCAAAACAUUUGGGCACUGCACUUAGCACCUUCCCACACAGAGGAAAGCUCACUUCAGUAAGGUCGAGGCAUUAGUACCCAGAGAGGAGGAGGGCACGGCUGCAAGCCCAGGCUGUCUGUGGGGCUGAGUGUGAAAAAGCCCAUCUCCCGUGUCCCCCAUCACUCCUUCCCCUUGGCCUCGGCAUUCUGAGGUGCAGCGUCAAGGAGGUGGCUGCCGGGCAAGAGGUGAGGCCACAGUGUGUCAUGUUGUGUUGUUGUGUACCUGUUCAACAUCUCUGACAUCUCCCCUCCAAGUCAUUUCCCCCAUCUGGAAUUUAAAUAAUAAUUAAUAGAAAUGAAUUUAUCUGAAUAUAGGAAGCAUAUACCUAAUUGUAACUUCUCCUGUUUAAAGGGAAUCCUCGGCGUGAUAUACAGAUAUAUUUAAUUGUGUCAUAUUAAACCUUCUGAUUUCA